AUGUCAACAUAUUUAUCCAAACCAUCAAAUAUCACAAUUACUGAUAUAUCAAUACAAGAUUUAUAUAACUAUCUAUAUUGGGAUCAUCGAAUAUAUGAUAUUCGAUCUAACGAAGAUUAUAUUAGAAGUCACAUAUGCCGUGCUCAUAAUAUGUAUCCUUUACCAAUCAUUACAGUUGAUGCGAUAGCAGAUAUAGAUGCAGACAUCGAUAAGAAUUAUGGUAGAGCUGAACAGCCAUCAGAAGUUAUCAUAUAUGCCAAUAAGAAAGCUCAUUAUGAUGAUUAUCAAUUGCAGUUGGAAAUAUUAAAUUCUUUGUUAUCUUAUUUAACAUCAUCUAUGAAUCUCUCCAAGAAAUCAUUGAAACAAAUUCAUAUCUUAACUGAUGGUUACGAAAACUUUCAGUCAACUUUCCCAUUUUUAUGUAGUGACAACAUUUAUUAUAGUGAAUGCAGUCAGUUGAUAUGGCCUUCUUAUAUAAUGCCGAAUUUAUAUCUUGGCUCUGAAAUGUGUCGAAAUGAAACAGUUAUAUCUAUGUUAAAAAUCACUCAUAUUAUGAGUUUCAGUGAUUAUCCCGAAAAAAAAAUCCAAUCAACGAACACAAAAACUUUACACUGGCAAGUUUCUGAUAGUUUAUCGGCGAAGUUAUUGCCCGUGUUUUCUCCUGCUGUAGAAUGGAUAUCGAAGGCCAUCGACGAUGAUAAAGGCAUUGUACUAGUUCAUUGUGAUCAAGGCGUCAGUCGGUCAGCUAGUGUAGUUAUAGCAUAUUUAUUGAGUUCAAAUUCUAACUUCUCUACAGUGGAUAUGACUUUGAAUCAUGUUAAAUCGAAGCGUAGCGUAAUCAGACCCAAUGCAUCUUUUCUGCAACAACUAGAAGAAUAUUCAAGCACUAUUGGUAUCAAAAAUGAAAGUAUGAAGCCACAAAAAGAAGAUUUCGCCGUAUGUUAA